AUAUAAUAAUCAACAAUACAUCAACAAAUUAAUUAUGAUAAAAUCUUAUUAAAAUCAUCGGGAAGUAUAUCUUGUGAUUUAAUCACAUAACAAAUUAAUCAAUUCGAUAUUGAAUUUCUGACCAUGCCCCACCUCGAGGGCUGACACAUGUAUAACCUUUUACUUACAGAAAACAAUGUAAACUUUAAACCUGAUGCGUAUGAUUGGAUUUUCUUAUUUACAAAGAUGUUUCUAAAAUCAAAGCUUUGAAAAGAUUAAGGUGAAUAUGUACAAACAUGACAUGCCCUACACCUGAAUUCAGAGCAAAAUAUAGACAAGCAGCCGACGACAACUAUAGGUUGAUCUAUAGAGCACUACCAGAAUAUAGACUAGCAGCCGACGACAACUAUAGGUCGAUCUAUAGAGCACUACCAGAAUAUAGACUAGCAGCCGACGACAACUAUAGGUCGAUCUAUAGAGCACUACCAGAAUAUAGACUAGCAGCCGACGACAACUAUAGGUCGAUCUAUAGAGCACUACCAGAAUAUAGACUAGCAGCCGACGACAACUAUAGGUCGAUCUAUAGAGCACUACCAGAAUAUAGACUAGCAGCCGACGACAACUAUAGGUCGAUCUAUAGAGCACUACCAGAAUAUAGACUAGCAGCCGACGACAACUAUAGGUCGAUCUAUAGAGCACUACCAGAAUAUAGACUAGCAGCCGACGACAACUAUAGGUCGAUCUAUAGAGCACUACCAGAAUAUAGACUAGCAGCCGACGACAACUAUAGGUCGAUCUAUAGAGCACUACCAGAAUAUAGACUAGCAGCCGACGACAACUAUAGGUCGAUCUAUAGAGCACUACCAGAAUAUAGACUAGCAGCCGACGACAACUAUAGGUCGAUCUAUAGAGCACUACCAGAAUAUAGACUAGCAGCCGACGACAACUAUAGGUCGAUCUAUAGAGCACUACCAGAAUAUAGACUAGCAGCCGACGACAACUAUAGGUCGAUCUAUAGAGCACUACCAGAAUAUAGACUAGCAGCCGACGACAACUAUAGGUCGAUCUAUAGAGCACUACCAGAAUAUAGACUAGCAGCCGACGACAACUAUAGGUCGAUCUAUAGAGCACUACCAGAAUAUAGACUAGCAGCCGACGACAACUAUAGGUCGAUCUAUAGAGCACUACCAGAAUAUAGACUAGCAGCCGACGACAACUAUAGGUCGAUCUAUAGAGCACUACCAGAAUAUAGACUAGCAGCCGACGACAACUAUAGGUCGAUCUAUAGAGCACUACCAGAAUAUAGACUAGCAGCCGACGACAACUAUAGGUCGAUCUAUAGAGCACUACCAGAAUAUAGACUAGCAGCCGACGACAACUAUAGGUCGAUCUAUAGAGCACUACCAGAAUAUAGACUAGCAGCCGACGACAACUAUAGGUCGAUCUAUAGAGCACUACCAGAAUAUAGACUAGCAGCCGACGACAACUAUAGGUCGAUCUAUAGAGCACUACCAGAAUAUAGACUAGCAGCCGACGACAACUAUAGGUCGAUCUAUAGAGCACUACCAGAAUAUAGACUAGCAGCCGACGACAACUAUAGGUCGAUCUAUAGAGCACUACCAGAAUAUAGACUAGCAGCCGACGACAACUAUAGGUCGAUCUAUAGAGCACUACCAGAAUAUAGACUAGCAGCCGACGACAACUAUAGGUCGAUCUAUAGGUCGAUCUAUAGAGCACUACCAGAAUAUAGACUAGCAGCCGACGACAUCUAUAGGUCCAUCUAUAGAGCACUACCAGAAUGUAGACUAGCAGCCGACGACAACUAUAGGUCGAUCUAUAGAGCACUACCAGAAUAUAGACUAGCAGCCGACGACAACUAUAGGUCAAUCUAUAGGUCGAUCUAAGCCUAUUUGAUCAUGUACAAUUAUAGAGCACUACCAGAAUUUAGCAAGUGUACAUGUAACAAAUAAAAGAAGAUUAUUUCACUGUUAAUAAAAGCAAAAAUGUGUCGGUUACAAAUAUGUUUACUAGACAAUCUUCUUUGUAAAACCAUAUCACUUGGACAUAUACAUAUGGUCACUUCCAGGUUUUGACAGCUGAAAUGGUCAGAAAAACAUGUUUUCUCUUUAUGUCACGUUCUGGUUAAUAUCAUGUUCUGGUUAAUAUGAUGUUUCCCUCUCACAAAUGAUAAUUGAUAUUAAGCAAAAUCUACUGCAUUAAAGUUAUUGAUAAACUCCAGUUGAUGUUGUAUUAUAACCAAUCAGUACAAUAUAUUACCUUGGUGUUUGACUUUGCAAAAAAUAUUAACCCACUUUCUCUUCCUACAGAUUCCCUAGUCUUUUAGUUCUUGCUCUGAUAUAUUUUAAAAUUGAUUCUUAACAACCACUGUUAAAGUCUGUAAGACUAUCUCCAACCUCUGUAAACAUAUUUUGAAACUUGCAUAUUUUUUGCCUACAUUUUUGAAAGCCAAAAGUGCAACAUUC